UGCUCAAGACAGAAGAAAGGAACCAAAAACCAGAAUCGUGGCAGAAUCAUCAACAGACAUUAAUUCCCACUUUGUCCACAUAAUCAUAUUCUUUAGUUGUUUUGCUUCAAUCUCCUCUCUAACAUAACUCGAACUCUUCACUUAUUCAUCCACUAGUUAUGGAAUUAGCAACCUCACUGAGCUCCAUUUCUUCACAUAAUCCUACUCCACAUGGCUACUCACCAAUAAAGAUCGGUUCUUUCAAGCACCCAUCAUCAAAUUUCUCUCCCUGGAGUUACAAACACACUGCUACAGUCACACAAACUUCUUUUACGAAGAUGGUUUCAGAUGGGUAUGUAAGUAGAGGCAGCAACUUCUUGAGAAAUUACACCAGUAGUACAACCAAUAAGAAUACGACAUCCUACACCAAAAUCGAUUCUUGUGUAGUGAUACCUCCACCUAAAGGUAAAAAGCCAAGAGCAAUUAUCAAGUUCUUGGGUGGUGCUUUCAUUGGAGCUGUCCCUGAAGUCACUUAUGGGUUUUUGAUAGAGCUAUUGGCAAAAGAAGGAUAUGUUGUUGUUUUGGUGCCUUAUAAUGUGACUUUUGAUCAUUCCCAUGCUGCUAAUCAAGUUUAUCAGCGGUUUAAUGCUUGUCUUGAUAUAUUAUUAGCAUCUGGUUUGCCUGAUGCUAAUCUAACUCCUGCUCAGCUUGUUGGCCUUCCAGUUUUUUCUGUUGGUCAUAGCAAUGGUGCACUUCUCCAAGUUCUUACAGGAAGUUAUUUCUGUGAUAAUAUACCAAAGGCUAAUGCCAUAAUCUCAUUCAACAACAGGCCAGCAACGGAGGCAGUUCCAUAUUUUGAGCAGUUAGGCCCACUUAUUAAUCAGAUGAUGCCGAUUGUGGAGGCAUCCCCAAUGUAUUCAAUGGCUAGGAAUGCCUCAGGAGAUGCAUGGAAAAUGCUAAUUGAUACUGCUGGAGCAAUAUUACCGGAUAGUGAAAAAGAAUCCCUGGUAUCAUUGACCCGAUUUGUUGAUCAGUUGCCCUCAGUAAUGAAUCAGGUCACAGAGGGAGUAUCAGAAUUUAAGCCGAGACCUUCUGAGAAUCGCGAUUGCUGUAGGAACUCCUACAAUGUCCAACACACAUUACUGGUGAAGUUCACAUCUGAUGCGAUUGACGAGACAGAUCUUCUUGAAGAAACCUUGAAGCCCCGGGUUGAGUCCAUAGGCGGGACAAUAGAAAAGGUCCAAUUAAGCGGUAACCAUAUCACACCAUGCAUCCAGGAACCAAAAUGGCAAGUAGGUAACCUGUACACUCCUGCAGAUGCUAUUGCUCAAAGGCUUAAGGAACUCUCUCUUAAUGAGACUAGAGUUCUCUUCCGAACGAUUAGCGACUGGUUCAGACGUUUUGAGGAUUAAUGUGUUAAAGGUUCAGUAGAAGGUUUACUAAUAUGUAAUCCUGCUACCACAGUCUCAUUAUUUUGCAAUUUGCUAGCAUAAAGUUCGAUAUAUAUAUAUAUAUAUAUAUAUGCCGAUUUAUCAGAGUAUAUUUCGUUUGUGAUUAGAGAUUGCUUCCACGUUUGAUGGAAGUUUGUCGUCUCUAGUCCUUGUACUAAUACCUACGGAGCUUCUUGAAUAUUGGCCUGCACUAAGUAUUCUAUUUAGAAUUUGUGGGAUGAAAUAUCUGCUAUAUCUAUUAAGUCGAGUUUUGCUCUUUGUUUGGUUCAA